AUGCCUCUCCGGACCUUUACGAUUUUGGGCCUUGCGAUGUCGAGCCUUGCCGCCGUCAUAGGAGCGCCCGUGUCAGAUGCGCUGGCUAACGGCAAGAACGAUCCCUCAAUAACUGCGUGCAGCCCGAUCGAAAUCAUAUCCGUUCGUGGAACGACUGAACCUCAGACUGGGAGUCGAGUUAUGCAACCCACCAUCGGGCGAAUCAUGCGGCAAUUCCCCAAAGCAACGUUGUACAAUGUAGUUUACCCUGCUGACAGGGAUUUCGCAAACGGCCCCAUUAUAGGUGCCAAAGAUUUGAUGGAUCACCUCACUGCUCAAGCGGCAGCUUGCCCUGAGCAACAAUACGUCUUAGCCGGUUAUUCGCAGGGCGCCAUGGUUCUGCAUCGCGCCUUCAGCAGCAUCAGUGAAGCCACCUUUAACCGUAUUCCAGCUGUCAUCAUGUUCGGCGACCCUUUUUACGAUCCAAGUUUGCCUUCGUCGGCUGGAACCGCCAAAGGUCAAGGUGGCCCGCGCCCAGGAGCACCACGCCUUCCCCAGGAGUGGGUUGCCAAAACGAGAGACUACUGUAAUGCUGGUGAUCCGGUCUGCACGUCGACCGGCUCCAAUUGGUUAGUCCACGCUUCUUAUGGUGCCAGCCCGCAGGCGGGAGAGGCGGCAUCGUUCGUGAUCAGCAAGUUGUCUUGA